ACGUCUUCGAUGUGAAGUUCUUUACUCAAAACAAGUGCUCGAAUGAUUCGCGCGUAUUAAUUAACCUUUCAAAACGCUCCGAAUUUAGACCCCAAUACGGGGGUUCGUAGAUAGUAGAAAACAUUAAACAAUAUGGAUGAAGGAAAUACGGUUCUUCCGGAUUCGGGAUUCGCCACGGACCUUAAGUAUGAGGAGGAAAUUCUAAAUGAGCUCCUGGAAGACAGUGAUUAUGAAGAUCCUUUGAGUACCGAACAGAGGGUGUCAGUUGCUGGAGCCGCUUGUGAUGUUUGCAAAGGUGGUUUCGACAGUGUCGAAUCACUCAAAAACCACUUGAAGCUUUUCCAUUCAGACGAUGUUGUGGACGACGACGGCCUGGAUAAAGGUACCGCCGCAGAGGAGUCAACUAGCAAAAAGGAGGGAAUUGAUGAUCAAGUUGAUACAAUAUCUGAUCUCGCAUCAAAUUCGGUGGAUAAAAAUACGCGGAAAACUAGUGGCGUAAAGAAAAAUGGAUUAAAGUCGGAGUUCCUAUACUAUGAAGUCGGAAAGUCGAGCAAAUCGAAAGUGAUAGUUACAGCCGAACCCGUUUAUGAUGAGAAAAAACUCUAUUGCAUAACAUGUGAUCGCCAAUUGGCCUCGAGGACGGCCUUCAGGCGACAUAGGCAUUAUCAUAAGGCACAAUUCCAUAAAGUAGCUGCUACCGAUUCGAAUCGUGACAGUCAAGAAGAUGUUUCAAUGGAGCUUGCAGCAAAGGAUGAAUUAGAUAUUAAUGACUUAGGAAUUAAGGAUUCAGUGCACGAUACGUCAAAUGUUGAAAAUGGGGACGACGACAACUACGAUGAUCACGAUGCGGUACAAGAGAACUCGUAUUCCGUAAAUCUGGAUGAUUCAGAUAGUUCUUCCGACGAUCGUUUAUCGAAAAGUUGCACGAAGGUUGAAGCUAAUACAUCAAAGGUCACCGAUAUGGCGAACGAAACGGCAAAAGCUUCGUCACAGGUGAAAAUGGUGUACUCUGAAAAUCCGAUUUACGACUACGCAAGGAGUUUCUGCGUAACAUGUAAUCAUAAAUUCUCCUCUAGGAAGGCGCUUAGGUGUCAUAAAUUCCAUCACAAUAGAAAGAUUCUUGAAAGGCAAGGCAUUAAAAGAAAAGAGCCCCCAUUGACUUGCGAAAUAUGCCUCAAACGAUAUACUCUGGAGCGUUCCUUACGGGAGCACAUUGUGACACAGCACGGAGAUAAGAUUCCACCAUCCCUUCAAAACGAUCCAACAUAUCUUAUGUGCAAAUUUUGUCAUAAAAAAUUUGAAAAGCCAACGGAACGUUACCAACACGAGGAAGAUCACCUUAGCGAAGAAAAUCCGUAUCGAUGCUCGGUAUGCCCGAAGUCUUUCCCACGUAACUGGAAGCGCCAACUUCACGAAUUAGUUCAUAAAGGAAAGGAUUGGAAAGAACCAGUGCAAAUGGUGUUUUCUGAUAAUCCCAGCUUCGAUAACGAGAAAAAUUUCUGUAUCACGUGUAACUACAAAUUUUCUACGAAGGGCAGCUUCAACCAUCAUAAAAAUAAACAUAAAGCGAAAAUUCGUGAAAAGCAAGCUUUUGAAAAGGCUGAGGAAAUAUUAUCUUGCGAAUUAUGCGGAAGACAGUAUACAUCAGAGUUUGCCCUAAGGCAGCAUACAGUGAUUUAUCACGAAGACACAAUUCCAUUAUUUUUUAAAGACGAUCCAACAUACCUUCAAUGCCAAUUUUGUGAUAAGCAAUUUGAAAAACCAACAGAACGUUACCAACACGAGGAAACUCACGUUGAGGAAGAAAUGCCGUAUCGAUCAACCAAAGAGACAGAUGAUACAAUAGCUGACAUCCCAUCAUAUUCCCCGAAGACCAUUGUCGCAGCGAAAUCAAACAUGGUAGUUACAGCCAAACCCCUUUAUGAUGACGAAGAACUGUUUUGCUUAUCAUGCGAUCGACAAUUUGACACGAAAAAGGCCUUCUGGCGGCAUAAGACUUACCAUAAAGAAAAAUAUCGCCAACAAGCAAUUGCUCAUUGGAAUUUUGGCAGUCAAGGAGAUGCUUCAAUGGAUACAGUAAAGGAUGAUCUCUAUACUGAGGACUUCGAAAUUGACGAUUCAGUUGAUCCAAUAGCUGACAUCGCAUCACAUUCGACGGACAAAAAUACGCGGAAAGCAAGUAUUGUAAAGAAAAAUGGAUUUAUUACGGAAUUCCUAGACAUUGAAUUCGGCAAGUCGAGGAAAUCAAAAGUGGUGGUUACAGCCAAACCCGUUUAUGAUCAGAAAAGACUCUAUUGCAUAACAUGUGAUCGUCAAUUGGCCUCGAAGACGGCCUUUAGGCGACAUCGGCAUUAUCAUAAAACAAGAUUCCAACUAACUGCCGCUGCCCAUUGGAAACGUCGCAAUCAAGGAGAUGUUUCACAAGAAAUUGAUAAUGACGAUUCAGCGCACGAUGCGUCAAAUGUUGAAACUGCAGGCGAUGACAACGACGAGGAUCAUGAUCCGUUACAAAUCCAAUCAUACGCUGAAUCAGAUAGAUCUUCUGACGAUUACUUACCGGAAAAGAAUGGAAACGAAUCGAAAGAACCAUUAAAAAUGGUGGUUGCUGAGAACCCUGCCUACGAUAGCAAGAACAAGUUCUGUAUCACAUGUAACUAUCAAUUCUCUUCUAGGGCCAAUUUCAAGUACCAUAAACUUCAGCAUAAAGUGAAAAUUCUUGAAAGGCAAGUGGCUCAGACGGCCGGGCAGCCAUUAACUUGCGAAUUAUGCCGUAAACGGUAUAGAACGGAAUUUGCCCUAAGGCGACAUGGAGUGCGUUACCACGGAAAUGCAAUUCCAAAAUUUUUCAAAGACGAUCCAAGCUACCUUCAAUGCCGAUUUUGUCAUAAACAAUUUGAAAGACCACUCGAACGUCACCAACACGAGGAAGAUCACGCCAGCGAAACAGCUCCGUAUCGAUGCCCGUUCUGCCCGAAAACUUUCGAAAGUAAUUAUAAACGGAAAAAUCAUCAAAUACUUCAUAACGAGAAGGGGUGGAAACCACCACUGAAAAUGGUGUUUUCUGAGAAUCCUAUUUACGAUAACGAACAAAAUUUCUGUAUCACAUGCAACCAUAAAUUCGCCUCUUGGAGCACAUUUAGGGGUCAUAAACAGCAACACAGACUGAAAAUUAUUGAAAAGCAAGUCUUUGAGAAGACCGAAGAGAUAUUAACUUGCGAAUUCUGCUUCAGACGAUAUGGGUCCGCGUUUAGCUUGAGGCAGCACACUGUGAUUCGUCAUAAAAAUAUGAUUCCAAAAUUUUUCAAAGAUGACCCAACCUACCUCCAAUGCCGAUUUUGUCAUAAGCAAUUUGACAAACCAAUGAAACGGUAUAAACACGAAAAAAUUCACGCUGUAGAGAAAAAGCCAUACCGAUGUUCACUUUGUCUGCAAACCUUCUCCAAGAUGAACAGGCGCAACAUUCAUGAAUUAAUGCAUGGAGACGAAGACAAGGAUUUGACUGGAUGGAAACCGAUAGACAUGACAAAAAUAUUGUUUCCUGAAAAUCUCCACUAUUGCACGACGUGCAAUUUUGGAUUUGGCUCUAGAGCCAGCUUAGAAGCUCACAAUCGAAUACAUGUGGAAAAGGUUCAGGAAGAAACAGGAGUUCUGCCUAAAUUUACGUUUAAUUGCGAUUUUUGUUCUAAACAAUUUGAGUCAGAAGAAGGAUUAAGACGACAUGUUGUACCCCAUCACGGAGAUAAGAUUCCAAAGUCAUUCAAAGACGACCCAACAUACCUUAAAUGUUGCUUUUGUCAGAUGGAAUUUGAGACACCAACAGAACGUUAUGAACACGAGAAAAGUCGAUGUUCACUCUGCCCGGAAUAUUUCACGAGUCGCGCGAAGCGCAAAAUGCAUGAAUCCACUCACAAUGAAGACGGACCAAAGCCAAAGAAAAUAGUAAGAGUCGUAUUCACUCGAAAUCCGAAAUUCGAUUACAAGAAACUCUUCUGUAUAACAUGCAAUCGUGGGUUUGCCACAAGAGAGGCCCUGUCAAGACACGAAGGACUGCACAAGAGAUGGAUUCUUGAAAAACAACUCAGUGGACUGAAAGCCAAAUUUUCAUGCGUGUUUUGCUCUAAGCUUUUUGUUACACAAAGGCUUUUGAAGGAACAUACUGCACGCUAUCACCGAGAUAAAAUUCAUAGUUCCUCGCAGGAUGAUCAGUUUGAAGGAUCGACAGAAUGUUAUGAACCCGAGGAGAGUCAGGAUGAAAAGCGAAAAGAGUACAAGUGCUCGCUAUGCCCGAAAACUUUCAUGGAUAACUUUUCGCGCAGAUUACACGAAUCAGCUCAUAAAGAAUUCGGUGUUCGUCCACCGGAAGAACAAGCAACAAACGUGUUUCCCGAAAAAGUAGAAGUUGAAGAACAGAAAUUUGUCUGUCCAACAUGUGAUCGUGCAUUCACUUCCAGGGUCAGCCUUGUAAUUCACAAACAACAACACAGAAAAAAGAAGUUGCGUAAAAAACGAGAAAUUUCGCCGGAACGCGCAAUUAGUUGUGAAUUUUGCUCGAGACAAUUUGUCUCAGAGAAGAAUUUCAGACUUCACAUUGUAUUGCAUCACGGCGAUAAAAUUCCGGCAUAUUUCAAGGACGACCCAUCGUACCUUCAAUGUCGAUUUUGUUAUAUGGAAUUUGAGAGACCAACAGAACGUUACAAACACGAGAAAAGUCACGCUAAGGAAACGGCGCCGUAUCGAUGUUUAAUAUGCCGAAAACUCUUCAAGCAUUGCUACACGCGCAAAGCGCACGAGUCACGACAUAAAGACGGAUCUAACGUGAGGAGAUUUGAAAGGGUCGUGUUCUCUGAAAAUCCAGAAUUCGAUGACGACAAAUUCUUCUGUAUAACAUGCAAUCGUGGAUUUGCCAAUAAAUGCAGCCUUACAAGUCAUAAACAAAAACAUAGACUGAGGAUACGUGAAAAAGAAAGUAUUCUACUGGAGCCGACAAUAGCUUGCGAAUUUUGCUCUCGACACUUUCAAUCGAUUAACCUUCUCAGGGACCACAUUGUGCCGUAUCACGGAGAAGAAAUUCCAACAAUUUUCAAGGACGAUCCAACAUACUGUCAUUGUCGAUUUUGUUCUGAGCAAUUCGAAACACCAACGGAACGUUACGAACACGAGAAAAGUCACGCCGGAGAAAAGAGACCGUAUCGAUGCUCACUAUGCCCAAGAUGCUUCGUGGAUGAGUACAAACGCAAAAUGCACGAAAUGCUUCACGAAGAAAACGAUAGUCAACGACCUAAACUUGUCUUUUCUGAAAAUCCGAUUUAUGAUGACAAAAAACUUUUGUGUAUAACAUGCAAUCGUGGAUUUAUCUCUAGAAGCAGCCUUAAAAGUCACAAAAGAAAUCACAGAAUGCUGAUUUUUGAAAAACAAAGCGGCGUUCCGCUGCGGGGCCCAUUUACUUGUGAGUUUUGCACUGAUCAAUUUGAAUUAGCAGACGCUUUAAGGCGACACGCUGUACUGCAUCACGGAGAUCAGAUUCCAAUGGUAUUCAAAAACGAUCCAACUUACCUUAAGUGCUGUUUUUGUCAUAUGGAAUUUGAGACACCAACAGAACGUCACCAACACGAGGAAACCCACGCCGGGGAAACAACACCGUAUCAAUGCGCAUUUUGCCCAAAAUCUUAUUCUAACAACUCGAAACGCAGAUAUCACGAAUUCGGCCAUAGAGAUCAUCGUUCACGUCGUCGUGCUCAACGUACUGAAACUUCCGCAAACCAAGCAGUUUUUCAUGAUCACGUUGGUAUCGCCCAAUCUGAGGGUGAAUAUUUCGAAUUAAAUGUGUUAACCUAGCCAUACUAGAAAACGUUCUCUACAAUGUAUUCGAGGUAAUUCGGCCAAACCUUGUCGUUUUCAACCUUGACCACAAGUAUUAGGCAACACCUAUAUUUUCCUUAUUUUUGGUUUGUGGUAGAAAACGAAAUGUCUCUGCGUCUGGGUUGGAAUUUAUGGGGCCAUCCAUAAAUUACGUCACACGAAUUUCAUGAUUUUUUUACCGCCCCUCCCCCGUAUCUAAAAAUUGUUGAAUUAAAACAACAAUUCCGAAAUUAUUUAAAUUAUUUUUUUAAUAAAAUCAACAUCAAAUCAAACUUCUUUUUCUUUAGCCUUUGUCGCGCUCACAAGCGGGGUCGGCUCGUCAUGAUCGGUGGUUGACGCCACU